GAAUUCGAACUUUGCCCUGUUCUGUCCUGUCUCCUUGGCACUCGCGAAUUCACCGAGAUUCCUGUUUCAUCUAUAAAAUUUUCCGUAUCAAUUUCCCAUCAGGUCCUUCUUCCCUUCACUGAUUCGGAAAUAAUCAUACGUUGUACGAAUGUGUUUCUGUGUUCGUUAACACGUUGCAUUUCAAUUGAUUUUAUCGUUUCCUCUUUAGAUUAUACAUUCUCCUAAUAAGAUCAUGUAUCUAAGAAAUCGAAGGAAUUUUCGUUAAUACAUGGAUCGUUAUAUUACAGUUAUACAAGUAUGAUUCGUUUUCCGAUUGAUGUUAGCCCGAAAAACUAUUUGACAAUUGCACGUUUUGGUGCAUAUAUUUGUCACUAAAUAAGCGUCUUGCGCUCUCGGUUCGGUAUUUGUCGGCACGGAUCGUCCCGGCUCGGCUCGACUCGGCCCGACUCGGAUUCACUACGCCGCGAUACAACGAGAUACGAUGCGAUGCGACGUUCACGUUCGCCUUUUGGUCUCUUGCUCAUCGGUAACGCCUGCCGCUUGCGACUCCUGCUAUCGCCAUAAACUCAGUCGUAAUUGUAUUGCACGGCAUUGUUUGGCUCGGCUUUGCUCGUUGUUACUUGAUUCGAUUUAUUUAAUUCAUUUGGCUUGACUCGACUCGAUUCCCUAUAAUUUGACUAAUCUUUUCCCUAUUUCGCUCGAUUCAAUCCGAUUCGAACCGGUUCGACUAAAGUAUCAUAAAACACAAAUUAACGAGUACUUACAUCUGUAUUCAGAAACGAUAUAUCAAUGACGCUUAUGUGAUAAUUUUUUUCAUAUAGUUAUUUAUUAAGCACGAAGGCUUACUCAAAUCUGUUUGUGAAAUGUCAGAAUGAAUUUGUUAUUAAAAUAUAUAAGAGACUAGGUAAUGUACGUCUCCUUGAGGAGAAACUGCUUUUUCUUAAUUGUGAUUCGCAAUAGAAAAAUUAGAUAAAUUUGUUGGAAAUACAAGUACUUUAAUCACUGUCUACACUGAAAGUAUCGUUCCAAAUUGAAAUUACGAGCGAAUAUAUGCACCGUACUUGAUUAUAUACAACCGCGAAUGAGUUACAAUUUUGCUUAUGAAGCAAAAUGAAAAUUCAUCAUUUUGAACUUUUUCAAAAAGCAUCACUAAGUAAUUUUUUAACAAAGUUGUACCAAGUAUUACACAAUAAACUAGAUAAAAUCAGAGAAAGGUACUAGGUAGCGUCAAAUGUCGGUAUCCAGUAGUCGUUCUGGUUACGGAAUCUUUUCGUUGAUUUUGUCAACGUAUUCUAUCUUUACCAUAUUUGUUAUGCUUGUAUGCUUGAAAUAUGGUAGUAAUAGCUUUGUCCGCAAUAUUGACUACUACAGAUCACCUGUAUUACAUUGAAAAAUGAUGUUGAACUUGCUGAAAACAAAAUAAAGAUUAAUCGAUUAGAACUAAUUCAACAUGCUCUAAAAACUGUGUACCACUUCUAAAACGAUGGAGAGUUGUGCUAACGCAAUAACAAAUAACAAUUACUCGAUUUUAACGAUCUUGGCCAUUAGAGAGGAAAAUUGUAUAAUUGUUCAUAUCGAAUACAAUGAUUAUUCGCAUCUCCGUAUACCUGAGACGACCAUGAAUUUCUCGCUUCCUCGUGAUCAACAAGUCUUUAAGAAGAUACUUCUAAUUAGCCUAAGAUGUUGAAAAUUUCUUUGUUCUGUAACUUCCCAGAAAAUAUCGGGUUAUGGUUGUGUCAUUUUAAUCGGUUCAUACCCUUACGUCAAGAACGUCAAGAACGUCAAAUGCUAAAGUAGCAUCCAAAGUGAGACUUUUAUCUUGGUAAGAUAAAAUAAUAUCGUUUGCCCGUCUUACGUUCGAUAGUUACGAUAAAGGGAAAUAGAGAAUACUGGAAAGGAAGGACAAAUCUUUUUAAUUGGUUUCGAAUGUAUUCGUUCCUUCUUUUUCUCCCUUCUUGUCCUCCUUUUAGGUUAUAAAUUCGAUUAUUGACAAUUGUUUGUAUAGAUUCACGAACGCUUUAAGAUGAGAAGGGAGAUCGUAUUACUUUCAGUUUCGUAGAAGAAAGCAAAUCGGUUCCCUGCUUCGAGAACGGGUCAAUUAGGAAGCGAGAUAGGUAUAUAUGUACCUCGGAUGACUUUCAGUUUCAGUGUUUGCUGCGUUCCUAUACACAACGUAUAUUACAAAAAAGUAUUGCAGGCAUAGUUGAAAAAUAAAAUUUGGGAUUGUGUUUAAUUAAGACUAUUGUUGAUAGACUGCCCGUCGUUGUGGUAACGCGAUAACAAAUAUUUCAAAAAUCUAUGCAACCUAUAUAUAAUCAUGUUUACUUAAAACGUCCUACGAGCGGCACGUCUCUGAUUAUGAAUCGAAAGAGGAUUAUCACAAAGCAUCUGACGAAGAAAAUGGCAUUACUCUUUCUUUAUGAUUAAAACUUUCUGACUGUCAGUCUCUGUCUGUUUUUCUUCCUCCCCCGCCCCUCACUGUGAUAAAAAUAUGGUAUUAUGCCGAUAACCUUCUUGUUACUUUCCAGCAUUGAAAAUCAAGUUCUAUUUACGAGUAAAGGAGGCUCUUGAUUAAUCGAUGAGAUAUGUAAAUCGACGUUUGAAGAAAUAAAUAGCGAGCUAGUUGUUGAUGACCAGUUCAAACGGUAUAAUGUUCGCCCGUUACCGAGCUCUAAGGCCGGGCAUCUUUAGUCAAUCGGAUCGAGCUUCGUUUUCCACUAUUUAUAAUGAUAUUUGCGUUCCUUUUUUUUCAACACAUGAAAGAUUAUUUGAUUUUCCAAAGCAAGACAAAAUCGUGAUCACUUCUAUCUUUUAAAUCAAUGCCAUGCUAGAUCGAAUUCUCGAAACGAAACGCAAACGAUCACGAUCUCAUCACGAAGCCACUUUCGAUUUCCCUCGAGACACAAAGAAACAAAGUUUGCGAAUUGUCAAAGAUUUGAAAAGUGCAAGAGGCAUCAUUCGGGAAACAAAUAAACUGUGGACUAAACUCUUCCGAUUUACCAUUGCUUCUGUUUAGUUUCCGAAUUGUAAAUAUUCAACUAUGCACUUUUUUGUAAAUUCCAUUUCACUUGGAAGGAAUACGAGUCUAAAUUAUCGAACUGAAAGGAACACGGCCUUUCUCACGCAUAUUAUUUGCUGAGACUGUCAUACGUGUUAAACCGAUCGUAUAAUAAGAAAAGACUUCCUUUGCCGUUGUGAUGUCUCAAGUGAAAUGUUCACAACUACAUAUAUGUUCCAAAGAAAUGGGCGUGGUUAAGAUAACACAUGAGUCACAGUAUCCAGAUUUUUUGGCUGCUAACGUACAGUAUAACUCGAAUGUUCGCACAAGACAGUUUACACUUUGUUCUUUUUGCGCCAGUAAAGCCAGUUUUUUUCCAUUUCCCCAAUAUUUUCCGAAAGUAUACGCUUGUAAGUACGAUACGUUCGAAGAAGUCUAAUAUAAUACAUUACUAUCACACACAUAUAUAAUACACAUUAUUGCUAUCAUCGCGAUUUCUUCCUUACAUCAACCCUUUCCAAGUGUUUCCAACGUUCGUUAGUGCGAAAUACACGAUUACGACGAGUGUACCGCUCUUGGCGAAUUUUUCAAGCUUUUCUCUACGAUAAUAAAAUCACGGACUAAUUUUCCACCAGUUUAUACAGAUUCGAUAUGGCUGGCAGUGAUAUUGGCAAUUACAGCAUAAAAUGUUGACCUUUACAACAUAUUAAAAAUUCAUUGAAAUCCAGGAUGGCAGCUACUUUUUAAAUAUAUAAAUUACUAUCUUACUUAAAAAUGUUAUGCAAACUAAUGAAUAAACGUUAAAGUGUUAAAUUCACACAUAUAUCACAAAGCUUAAUCAAAGUUAUAAGACAUCUAGCAAGAGCAUUUAAAGAACACGGAAUUCUCAGGAGAUACUGCUCUAUUUCUUAUUUAUUCUUAUAUUAUUAUUAUUAUUUAUUAUUAUUCUUGUGAACAAUGCAAGAACUGCCAAAUGAGUCACAUGAGCAUAAGACAGACCAAGCAAACCAGCAGCCACAGCCACAACUUUCCACACAAGUAGAUAGUGAUAGUAUUCCUCUGGAUCUUGACAAAAAGGAGACAUAUGAGCGCUUAGAAAAAUUUAUAACAACAUUUGUUACAGGAUUUACAGAAACAUUAAACAAAUACAGAGAUGAGAUAUCAUCCAAAACUAAUACAGCAGCAGGAAAUGUAGUAGAAGAAACAGGAACAAAAGUGAUAGGGGAGUACUCUCAAUGGGCAUCAAUUGCAGUACAGCCAAUCAUUGUUCUUGUAAAAUAUUUCAGUAAUAGAAUUCAUAGAAAAAAAGCUAAGAGAGUUGUUGAAGUGUUUAGACCUAUAAAAGAAGACGAAUUAGCAAAUAUGUUGGCAGAAGCUGGUGGUAAUAUUUUUUACAACUAUCAAAUUCAGUUUAAUAUGGUCACUGAUACUCAUAUGUAUUGGACAAGAGCAAUGGAAAAGUUAGCAAUAGAUGCCACGAGAAGAGUAAUAAAUUAUGUUAAUCAGUAUAAACAGGAUAAUCCAGAUAUGGAUGUCUCUGUUGACUUGAUAACUGAAGGUGUAAAGUUAGGUAAAUCUAGACAAAGCUUUAUGAUAACAGCAAUGCAAAAAAUUCCUAAAAUGCCUAAACUUGGACAUACAAUUAAAAUAUAUGAUAAAAAAUGCAAAACUUCAGAACUGUAUGAGAACCUAGUAAAAAAGGGUGAUGGUAAAUACUAUAAUAAAAAAGGCAAUGGUAGUAAUCCAAGGAAGCCAAAGGACACAUCAGGAUUGACACAGAUAUUAAAUGAGGACUGUCAAGAAGUGAUAGAACAACCUGAGGAAGAACACAAGUACAUAUUUAUCAUUAGAGGAGGUGAAAGAAAAAGCAAAAGAAACAUUAAAUAAAAUUAACGAAGAAGAUCAUUUGUUUUUACAAAGAAGUAUAAUGAGUAAAAUAGAAAAUGUUAGUAAAAAGAUUGAUAAAAUGGAUGGUAGACCGGAAAAUAUACAGGUAAGAAAACCAAUUUAUUACAAUAUGAAAUAUCCAGUAAAGUCGUUCACUGGAAGAGGUAAAGAGUUAAAAUGUUUACACAAAAAAUUACAAAAUGGAGAUAGAAAAGUACUAAUAUCACAAGUGACUGCUGUUACUGGUUUGGGAGGAAUAGGCAAGACUGAAUUAGUUAGAAAAUAUGCUAUAAAAUAUGCUAAACACUACGAUAACAAUCUUAUAUGGAUAGAUUCUGAAACGCAUGAAAGUUUAACAAGGUCGUUUAAAAAGUUAGCAGUUGAAGAGUUGAAUAUACUGUCCAGUGAAAAUAUAGAUGGAGAUAUGCAAGAAAGACAAGUUAGUUCUAUUGUUAAAGAUGUUUAUGUGCACUUUAUCGACGUGAAAAGUCUUUUUAUAUUCGAUAACGCUGAAGAGUAUACAGUUAUUGAAAAAUUUUUACCAACCUCUUUACAUCCUAAUACUGAAAGACCUUACAUUUUAAUCACUUCUCGUAAUCGGAACUGGGAUAUAGAAGAUGAGGGACAAAUACAUGUAAUGCAAUUAGAUGUUUUUACUGAAAAAGAAGCUACAAUGUUUAUUAAAAAUUCCAUACGAAUAAAAGAUGGUUUACGAAAGGAAGACAUAAAAAAGUUAACAGAAAGAUUACAAUACUUUCCACUAGCUUUGAGGCAAGCAAUUGCAUAUAUCAAUCAAGAGGAUGAAAAGUUCAGUAGAAGAGGGAGUGAAAGAUUUAAGAUAAGUGAUUAUUUGAAAAAACUCGAUGAAAACACAAAAUUACUUAACGAGGGUUAUUACAAAAUUAGUGACAGAUAUUCUCAAACAGUUUUAACAACUUGGAUAACUACCUUAGAAAAGAUAAAAGAAGAUCAAAAUCAUGGCAUGGAAGCUAUAGAUAUUUUAUAUGUCAUGGCUUAUCUUGCUCCCGACAAGAUUCAUGCAAGCAAAAUGUUUGAUUGUGAUAGCAUUGAGCUAUGCGAUAAAUAUUCAAUGAUUGACUUAAAAAAAGGAGGAGUGGCAAGUAUUCACAGAUUAGUACAGGAAGUAAUAAGACUAAUGUUAAAAGAUAAAAAUAAAGAAGAGGAAGUUAUAAAAAAGGCUCUAACAUUAAUAGGAAAUAAUGAAAAUGCAUCUAAGGAGAAUACAAGUCAUGUUACUUCUGUUUGGAGCUAUGCAAGUGGAUAUAGCGAGUUAAUUCAUGAAUUUUAUUUCAACUCUAGCUCUAUUCCUACUUACGGCUAUAAUAAUGCUACCCCUUUGCACUUGCUCGCUGAAAAUGGCAGUGUUAAAGCAGUUGAAGCUAUACUAGACAAGGCUAUAUUAAUGAAAGGAAAAUUUUCAGAGGAAGUUAGUGAGAUUAUUGAUGCUAAGGAUAAGUACAACAGAACUCCUUUAUAUAUGGCUGUUGAAAAUGGUCACACAAAUGUUGUUAAACUAUUUGUAAAUAAGCAAGCAAAAAUUGAUAUUAAGUCUACUAUUGUUUACAAUUCUCUAAGUACAAAAAAGGCUUCAGGCUGGACAUUAUUACACGUUGCUGCUUUUAACGGCUACUCAGAUAUCGUUGAAAUUCUUGUCAAUAAAGACAGAACGCUGGUUGAUAUUGAGGAUAGUAUUGGUAGAACAGCAGCAGUUUUGGCUGCUUCCAGUGGCCAAAUAAAUGUUCUUGAAAUUCUAAAGCCUGAGCCAUAUAAUGUAUAUUUAUUGCAUGCUAAGUUUCGUGCUGCUAGAAAAAGUGGCAACUUAAAAGAUGUCAAGAAUUUUCUAAAAGACCUUGAAAAGAAACAUCAACUACAGGAUAUAGUAAAUGUGAAAUUAGGAGAAUGGACUCCUUUGCAUUUGGCUGCAUCUGCUAAUUGGCUAGACAUUAUAGAAAUUCUUAUAACAAAUGGUGCCAAAGUUAAGGAUAGUACACCUAGCUUCACACCCUUACACUCUGCCUCUUCCAAUGGUCAUUUAGCUGUAAUAAAAUAUCUUAUAGGAAAGGGAGCACAUCCUAAAGAUAUUAACGAAGAUGGUUGGACAUCGUUGCAUGCUGCUGCUCAAAAUGGCUAUCUGGAUGUUGUAAAAUAUUUUAUAGAUGAGCUUAAAGAAAUUGAUGUAGAUAUUAUCGAUAACGUAUGUGCUACACCUUUGCAUACAGCUGCUUUUCAUGGGAAACUUAAUGUUGUUAAAUUUCUUGUAAGAAGAGGAGCGAAUAUCAAAGCAGUUAAUAUAUUAGGAGCAACACCUUUAUUUACUGCUGCUAUAAACAACAACCGUGAUGUUUAUGAUUUCUUGCUAAAUGAAGAUGCAACGGUGGUUAACACUAGCGACGAUCAAACAUUUAUUGGCAGGCUUAACAUUUCAGUAUUACAUGUUGCUGCUGUAUAUAAUGAUAAACAAAUGAUUGAAGAUUUGAUAAAUAAAGGUGUAGACAAGGAUAUUGGCAAAGAUACCAGCCUAACUCCAUUAUGCUUUGCUACAUUUUUUGAUAGUUUGGAAGCUACUAACUAUUUAAUUACUAGCGGGGCUGCUACUAAUGUGCAUGUAAAUAUUUCUAUCAUAAGAGAAGUCCUUGAAAAAACAAUAACAGAUAGUACUUUGAAACCUAGUAGUAUACCUAAAUUUGUUAGCACAUUGAUUAAUUUUGCUAAUAUCCUUCCUGGUAUCAUAGAAAUAUCAGUAAAUGACUUGAAGAGUGUUAUUGAAAAAUUAUGUAGUUCAGUUCCCAAUUUUGGACAACUAAUAGAUAGCUUGAAGAUAUAUGUAGAACAAAGGAAAAAUCCAGGUUUAGAUCUGCCCUUGCAUGCAGUAUUUUUUACGCAAGAAGUUGGCACUAAUUCUACAGAUGAUGAUGGAUAAUAGGAUGACUUCGAGUUAGUGGAGUAUUUAUCGUAGGUAAUAAGACGUGAAAACCUCUCUCGAGGAACUGUAUCAGACAUCGGUGUUCGCGUCGGAGCCGUCGAUAAUUGGUUUUAAUCAGUCGCUAAAAAAAUCUUAGCAGGUUCAAAUCCGAGAUUUCGGUUGCCUUCGUCGCAUAAAACAUUGAAGCAAACGAACGUUACUCGUUUUUUGUAAGACCAUCUAUAGCCAUAUCCCUACUCUAGCAAGCCAGAAAGUAGAUGUUAAUAUAUACUUUUAAUUUGAUGUUUUUUAUAAACAAUAUGUGAAAUCGUUAAAUAUCUGUGUACGAUAGUGCUCAGUAAGUUAUAUGAGACACUUAAAAUGCAUACGUUACUCAUAAAGUUUACUGAUAAAGAAAUAGUUUUAAAAAAUAAGCAAGAAGAAAUAAACAAUGCAAAGGAUA